AACUGUUUUCAUAUCAGCAUAAACCACAAAUCAAUCUCCUACCUUUUCUUUCUUUCUUUUAAGCUCAAUAGUAAUAAUAAUAAUAGCUAUUUUUGCUUCCACUAUUUUCUCAACUAAUUCAGUUAAAAUGUUUUCGACAAUUGCUGUGCCUUUUAACCAAACAAAGCCCCAUCGCCGUGACAUCUCCGCCAUGCCGGAGAGUGAGAUACUCAGGAGAAGAAAUGAGGAGUUGGAGAAAGAAUUAAAAAAGAGCAUUGAGAGGGAAGAGAAAAUGAAGCAGGAAUUGCAGAAAACAUGGGAAAGGCUGAGGGUGGCGGAGGAGGCUGAAGAGCGCCUUUGCUCUCAGCUCGGUGAACUUGAGGCCGAGGCUGUUGAUCAGGCUCGGACCUACAGGACACGUGUCAUCCAUUUGAUGGAUCAACUCUCUUUGGCCCAGAAACUUCUCGAAUCAGCUUCCAUUACCGUUCCCAGUUCCCAGUGAUUGUAGGGGAAAUGGAGUUUAAUUUGAUGCUUCAUCUCCAUUUUCAAACUAGGUAGAGCACGUACGCCUGUAAAAUUAUGCGUUGGUUUCAAAUGAAAAGAUGAAAGAUUAGUUACUCGGAUUAAUGGAGGUGUAUAUUGACUUGUUUUCGUCUCCGAGGUGUGAUGGGGGAAUUUUUGUUUGUAAUGUAUCUUCUUUAAGCUUUCUACGGUGCAUGGUCAGGUUAUUAGUUAACGAAAUUUAUCUGAAUUUGAUUAUGAAAAUUAUUCCAUACGUCCCAUUUUAA